AUGGCCAGGCCAGACGAUUUGCAAACCGCCUCAGACGUCCCAAAUGCUCAACGACUUCAGAACUUGUUGCACUUCAAAAGUGCCAAACCUCAAACCACCUCCCUGACGUUCCAACAGCUUUUGCAAAUUUUCGUAGUUGAAGACUCAAACUGGUCACAGAAACAGAGAAAGAACCAAGAUCAAGCAGACGAUGGGAACCACCAUAACAAGAAGUCGGUGUUGGCAAAAGUAAAAGAUAAGGCCAGAAAGUUGAAGUGUUCUUUGAGCGGGAAGAAGCAUCAUGACGAAAAUGAGUCACGAGGUCCUUCCACCACUCCUCCAUCGAGUGUUGGUCGAGAAGAAGAAGCCAAGUACCGGAGUGCACCAAUGAACGGACCCAAGCUUGCACCCGAUACCCACAAACAGGCAUCAAGAGAUCAUCAUCGAGAAGCUCCCGUAACAAGAAUCCAGAAUCAUUACACAACAAGCAAUGCUCGGGAACCAUGCGCUCCGAUCCAACAGGUGUCUAGGGUCCAAUCGGAUCAGGCGCUUGAGAAAAGCGAAGACGAGCGUGCGAACUCUAGUAGCACCAACGCCAUAACGAAGGCACAAUCCAAUAAUCAACCACCACCAGAUACAUCCGUUGUUGCUAGCGAAACCGAUGCCAAUAAUCAAGUACCAACCACAGCGCAUGUUUCCAAAGUACAUGAUUUGCCAGAAAGCGGUUCAAAAUUCUCGGGCCUCAAAGUUUCGACUUCAAAGAGUGUUGCGAGCAAAGCUGACGAAAGUGUCAAAGAGGGGGAGGACAUGAAGGACGAAUCACAUACAUGGGAUAAAGGGUUCUCGAUGAAAGAAUAUUUGAUGCACAAGUUUGAGCCCGGAGGAGAUGAGCGUGAGCUUUCGCAAGUAAUUACACAGACGAUAAGCCCUAGGCGAGAUAAGGUGAGAGAGGUCAUGAGCUCGUCUCUGAAAAAUGACGAGCCUUCUGAGUCAACAAGUAAACUGUCGAACUCUGAGGCAAAUUCAUCAAUAGUUGCUAACGAUACAAACUCGGACUUGAAGUCGAAACCAGCUUCUGAGAACUUAAACACCAAGACGGGGUCGAAAAAUGUUUCUUUUAGUCCGAGGCAUAGUUUAGGGAUGUCAAAUGCCUCUUCGAAUCUAAACCAAACGUUUAAGUCGACCAUUGCUUCCUAUCAAAACCAGAACUUAGGAUCGAGUCCGAACGAUAACACGAGUUUAAACUCCUUGGCUACCUCAUCCAGUCAAAACGCCAACAAAGGGUUGAACCAAACUUCGACCUGUGUUCACUCCCCUACCAAAACAAGCUCGUCGCCUUUGGGUCAUGGCUCCAGUGCUAACGGGACUCGGGCUCCUGCCCAGACGAACUCUGAUGCAACCCAGGUUCAUAGCCAUACUGACACUAAAGCAAAACAGGUUCCUAUAUCUAGUCCCAACCAGACUCAGGUUCCUAAGCAUUCUGAAACCAACACAAUUCGGGUUCCUAUCUCUGUGGCUAACCAGACUUGAGUUCCAGCUUUCAGCUACAGUAAUGAAGGUAUUAUCUGCCUGUUUCAUAAGCUGCAUAUCGCCGUACUGCACAACCCAACAAUCAUGAUGAAUGCUGAGCAUUCGGUUGUAUUUUAGAGUUCAUAUUAUUU